ACUAUACCGCAACUGACUAAGAGGCCAUCACAUCGGUGUAGGUCAGAGGGUGUCUGUAAUGCCCUCAAGCAGGCAGUAUGAGCAGUUCUAGAGUAUCGACUCCUCAUGGGGGCCUUGAGGCGCUGGUGGCCGCGGCCACAGCGGCAAAUCAGGCCAACGAGAGGAGCAGACGAAAGCGAGGAGGGAUCGAUACACCAUCUGCAAAUGAUACGGUUCAAGCACUGGCUACCCUUCUCCAAGAUCCUCUAUUCACUCAGGCCCUAGCUGGGGUCCAAAGUAGCUUGAAUCGUCAGCCAUAUGGCUCGGACAAUCCGUAUGACCCGCCGAAUCUCGCUUCUGUGAACUACCAACCUGGUCUCACCGAUACGCCAUUCCAACAAACACGAUCAGGUCGUAUAUCCAGACCACCUCUACAGCCCAUCCCAUUCCCGUUCCUACAACAUCUCAGUGGACAGAUCAAUGGUGGUGGGAUCUCAGCCAAUGCCGGACUUUACGCUCAGCAAUAUGUCGACGGUUUCGUGCCGCAGAAUGGAGUUCCGAACCUCGAUCCUCAGUUCUGGUCACAGCCCCAAAUGACGCUCUCUGGACCGUCAACACAGCCAGCCUCACUGUCUCCGGAUCCAGCGGCUGGCGCUGAAAUGAAAGACAAUGCUCAUGAUCUACCUCAAUGGCCUUUGCCUCCUUCCGGCCCCGGUGGGAGGAAGAAGAUGCCAAAAGACGAAAUGUUGGCAAGGCGGCGAGCCAGAAACAAGGAGUCCGCACUCAUGCAUCGGAGGAAAAAGCAGGCUAAGCUGGAGGACAUUGACAGCAAAUUGAAAGAGCGAGAGGCGGCAUACGAUAUAUUAGACUCACACUGCCGAGCAUUGGAGAAGCAAGUCCAAGAGCUCCAGCAUAUCAUCCUGAAUGCGGGACUUUCGCUACCGACUCCGUUCCAUGCGAACUCAUCGGCACCGCCUGCGCCAAUAUCCGUCAACGAGAUGACUGCUGAAUCCAAUGAGCUUGCUCCCAUCAAUAUGGGGAUCAUGUUCAACAAGGACACCCCGGCAGGCACGAUCCAAACUCAAGCGAUCAAUCACGCCUCAGUUGGUUCUUCAGCCAUGGACACGACAUUGAAUCCGUUCGACAUGUUCUCCUUUCUGGACAUGGAUGGAGAAGACGAUGCAGAGUUCAUACCCCCGACAUCCCCCCGCGAUUCAGAGGACGGAGGUGGCGGCAAUAGGACAGGCAAAGACAAGGGCAAGAGACGGCGCCAUGGCGAGGAUGAAGAGGAUGACGAUGACUUUGUGGACGAUGAUGUGGAAGAUGAGGAUCUCUUCCUGCCCAUUGAAGAUGUGCCUGUCCCACCUGCUGCUCAGAUGGAGAGUGCGAUGAGGAGUCUCGGAGUGGAUAGUCAAGACGACUUGGCGAGACUGAUCAAUAAGAUGGUGACUGCGGGCAAGGAGGGAAUGACCAGCGAAAUGGUAGACAAGUUGAAAGUCUUGAUCUCACUCGUGGGACCUAAUGGGACUUGGUCAACGACUGAUCAACUCACCCCUGCGAGUCAGAAUGCUGGCCAACCAUGAAUAUAUAGCAUGCA